GUGGGUACGGAGCAAACGUCCUUGUCCGACCAAGCUCACAGCAGCUUCCUCCACGCAGGGGAUCGGCGUCUCUGUCAGUGACCUGUGCUUGCGUAAAACUUCAUUUUCAGACAUGAUGGCUGCGAGGUUCCUUCGUCGUUCUCUCCCCGUGCUGAGACAAGCUCGCUGUUACGCCGAUGCCGCCACCGGAGCCCCGCAGAUGUCCUUCACGUUCGCCUCCCCGACACAGGUUUUCUUCAAGGAGGCCAGUGUCAAGCAGGUCGAUGUCCCCACACUGAGUGGUGUGUUUGGUAUCCUUCCUGCCCACGUUCCAACACUGCAGGUGCUUCGACCUGGAGUGGUCACAGUUUUCAGUGAUGAUGGCUCCAAUUCUAAAUACUUUGUAAGCAGCGGGUCAGUAACCGUCAACGCAGAUUCAUCUGUGCAGCUGCUGGCGGAGGAGGCCGUCACCUUGGAUCAGCUGGACUUGGCAGCUGCCAAGGCCAACCUGGAGAAGGCUCAGUCCGACAUGGCCGGAGCGUCUGAUGAGGCUUCCAGGGCGGAAGUUCAGAUCAGCAUAGAAGCGAACGAGGCCAUUGUCAAGGCUCUGGAAUAGAACGCUGGUCAUUUCUCUGUUUCGGUGGAACUUCACCUGUCUGGUUCCAGCUCUGCCACACUAGUGUGCAGAUGAUUCCAUACUUGCUUUGUACAGUGGUAAAAAGUUCAAAAAUAAAUUUAUUUGAAACUAUGAGACUGUCUGUCG